CAUGCGCCCCCCGCCCGCGCUGGCCCUGGCCGCGCUCUGCCUGCUGGCGCUGCCCGCCGCCGCCGCCGCCGCCUACUUCGGCCUGACUGGGCGGGAGGUCCUGACGCCCUUCCCCGGGCUGGGUACCGCUGCCCCGGCACAGGGUGGGGCCCACCUGAAGCAGUGCGACCUCCUGAAGUUGUCCCGCCGGCAGAAGCAGCUCUGCCGGCGGGAGCCAGGCCUGGCUGAGACCCUGCAGGACGCCGCACACCUCAGCCUGCUCGAGUGCCAGUUUCAAUUCCGGCAUGAGCGCUGGAACUGCAGCCUGGAGGGGAGGACGGUGCUGCUCAAGAGAGGUUUCAAGGAGACGGCCUUCCUGUAUGCAGUGUCUGCAGCCGCCCUCACGCACACUCUGGCCCGGGCCUGCAGCGCUGGCCGCAUGGAGCGGUGCACCUGUGAUGACUCCCCGGGCCUUGAGAGCCGGCAGGCCUGGCAGUGGGGCGUGUGUGGCGACAACCUCAAGUACAGCACCAAGUUCCUGAACAAUUUCCUGGGGCCCAAGAGAGGAAGCAAAGACCUGCGGGCGCGGGUAGACGCCCACAACACCCACGUGGGCAUCAAGGCCGUGAAGAGUGGCCUCCGGACCACAUGUAAGUGCCAUGGCGUGUCAGGCUCCUGCGCUGUGCGCACCUGCUGGAAGCAGCUGUCCCCGUUCCGCGAGACUGGCCAGGUGCUGAAGCUGCGCUACGACUCGGCCGUCAAGGUGUCCAGUGCCACCAACGAGGCCUUGGGCCGCCUGGAGCUGUGGGCACCGGCCAGACCAGGCAGCCCCACCAAGGGCCCGGCGCCACGGCCUGGGGACCUGGUCUACAUGGAGGACUCCCCCAGUUUCUGCCGGCCCAGCAAGUACUCGCCUGGCACAGGGGGCAGGCUGUGCUCCCGCGAGGCCAGCUGCAGCAGCCUGUGCUGCGGGCGGGGCUACGACACCCAGAGCCGCCUGGCGGCCUUCUCCUGCCAUUGCCAGGUGCAGUGGUGCUGCUACGUGGAGUGCCAGCAGUGUGUGCGGGAGGAGCUAGUGUACACCUGUAAGCACUAG